CAUCUUCUGUACUCUCUCCCUCUCCUGCGUAAAAAGCACGUCUCAAUGCAUCGUCAAAUAGAAGAUUCGUGAUACGUUUUCAUCGAUUUUAUUCUUCAAAAUCCACAAGUCUUUUUACUUAAUCUCGAAUUUGUGGGUGCAUCCUCCUUGCUGCGGAUCCAGUUUCCUGGUUUCAUAUUAGAAAACUUGCGUUAAGUGAAAUUCAUCCCCUGUGAUGUGGCAAUGGAGGCCAUGGGAUUGAAGAAAUGAUCAUGAAAUAGGAAGAAGGUAUCUUCAUUUUUUGAGGGAAAUUUGGCAGGAGGACGAAAUGGCGUGCUGUGGGUGUUUGGGGUGCCUUUUGAAGCUUCUGAACUUUUUGCUCACUCUCGUUGGCUUGGCGAUGAUCGGAUAUGGGAUUUAUUUGCUGGUUGAAUGGAAGAAUGAUUCAUCGACUGUCACUCUCAUUUCAGUUUUGUCCAACCAGCCGAUGAUAAAACUGGGCAGACCUUUACUUCACAUGGGACCUCUCUCUAGCAGCAUCCUUACUGAACUCUCUGAAGCUUGGUUUGUUUAUUCAUUUAUUGUGGUCGGAGUGAUCCUGUGUGUUAUAUCUUGUUUUGGCUGUAUUGGAGCGUUUACCCGACAUGGUUGCUGCCUCUCUUGUUACUCUGUACUUCUGAUUUUACUGAUCAUAGUGGAGUUGGGCCUUGCGGGAUUCAUAUUCUUUGAUCAUAGCUGGAAAGAGACAAUUCCAACUGACAAAACUGGUGAUUUUGAUAUGAUAUACAAUUUCUUGAAGAAACAUUGGAAUAUCGCAAAAUGGGUUGCUCUUGGAGCCGUUAUUUUGGAGGCCUUGACAUUCUUGUUAGCUCUGGUGGUAAGGGCAACAAACUGGCCACAGGGAGAGUAUGACAGUGACGAUGAGUACAUUGCAGCCCCUAGAACAGGAAUUUGGCAGCCAUUGAUUGGUAGUAAUCGACAGGCUGGUGCUCAAGUCACUGGGGUCCCUGUUAGUGGUGCCUCCGAUCAGCGUCUCAGCAGGAACGAUGCUUGGAGCACACGACUGCGAGAAAAGUAUGGGCUUGACACAUCGGAGUUUACGUACAACCCGACGGAUUCCAGCAGGUUCCAGCAACAAGCAGCACCAGUUGCUGAGGAAAGGAGCCGAUGUAGCAUCCUGUAAUCACAGAGAGUGAGGAAAGGAGCCCAUGUAGCAUAAUGUAAUCACAGAGAGAAAGAGUAUUUGGUGUAUUUGGUGUGCGGCUUGAGCUGUCUUUCAAGAUUUUCAGAAAGAGUUGUUUGUGCAGUGGAUAUAUGCUACUUAAUCUUAUGGAGAACCUUAAUUCUUGGUUGCCAUUUCUUC